ACCGGGGCGAUGCACAGCUAGUCGGACAGCGACUCUCGCACACACGUUCACACGAGCCCGUCAGCGGUCGGUUCAACACACCGGUGACCAGGUUAACUAGUUCCAGGGGGGGUCGCCAUGUCUGUGUUGUGUUACAAUAAGGGAUGUGGAGAGAGGUUUGACCCAGAGAACAACCCGGACGAUGGCUGCACCUAUCACCCAGGAGUCCCUGUGUUCCAUGAUGCAUUGAAGGGAUGGUCGUGCUGCAAGAGAAGAACCACGGACUUCUCUGACUUCCUCAGCAUUGUCGGCUGCACCAAAGGUCCCCACAACAAAGAGAAGCCUCCUGAGCCGGUGAAACCAGAUGUGACGUCAUCGGGAGAAGGGAAAGAAACAGACGACCAAAAAACCAAGUUUAAUGAGUUCAUCAUAUCCGCACCAAUACCUCAGGAGGCGAUUCGCAGACCGAGUGGUGACGAGCCGUUGGUGAGGUUGCAGCACAAAGUCUCGACUUCUCUGAAGCAGGCGCUGGAGAAACUGAAGCUGACUGAAAACACAGCAGAGGAGAAAGAGGAAGACAGCGACGUGAUCAAGAUCGGAACGUGCUGUAAAAACGGAGGCUGUACCAAAAGUUUUGAAGGACCUGCAAGUGAUUCGGAACCAUGUUUCUUCCACUCUGGAUUUCCUAUCUUCCAUGAAGGGAUGAAAUACUGGAGCUGCUGCAAGAGGAAAACCUCUGACUUCAACACCUUCCUCUCUCAGGAGGGCUGCACCAAGGGAACACAUCUAUGGAGGAAGAAAGACGAGGGCAAGAAAGUAGUUCCGUGUCGGUUUGACUGGCACCAGACUGGGACGCAGGUCAUCAUCUCCAUCUACGCUAAGAACGCCGUCCCCGAGCUGAGCUAUGUGGAUGCAAACAGCAUCACGCUCGACAUUCAUCUUAUAUUUGAAGGGGAAAAGGAAUUUGCGCAGAAAUUCAGCUUGUGGGGG